AUGGCUGACAUGGUCUCUGAGGUUGCUGGUCAGGGGGCUAGGCCUGCUCUUAGGUGGACUGCUGUAAUGUCUGGGUUUGUUCUCCGUCGUUUUGUUGACUUGAUAGGAAAUGGGGUUAAGACUGACAAGGGUUUUAAGGAAAUCCACCUUAACUCUGUUGCUAAAAAUGUAUCUGAGUUCUGUGGCCAAGAAGUAACAGGCCAACAAGUGUACAAUCACCUUCGUAAGUGGAGGUCUAGGUGGGUCAAGGUUUGCAAACUGAAGGACAUUAGUGGCGCUCUUUGGGAUGAGGAUAACUUUGUCAUAAGCUUAGAAGAGGGUCAUUAUGCUGCUUACAUCAAGGAUCACCCAAAAGAUGCUGAUUACCUCAAUAGGCCCAUAGAGAACUAUAUGCCUAUGCAAAUCAUAUUUGGAAGUGGGGUUGCCACAGGUAAGUUUGCAAUGGGUUCAAAUGAGCCUUUGGGCAAGCCAACUGACAUUGUUGACAUCCUAGAUGAUGGCAUUGAAGUGACCUCAAAGUUUGUUGAUUGUUCCAAUCUAACUAACAAGGGGAAGACUGUUGACAAGGGUACCCCUGGUGAGUCCAAUGAUAACAAGCCUAACUUAGGGAAGAGGAAGAGGUUCAUGACUGAUGAGGAUGUUGCUGUGUUCAAUGGGAUGAAACAAGCUGUUUCAGAUGUUGCUGCUGCUGUCCGUGAAAGCAUCCAUGCUGAAGCAGCACCUGGGAUCUACAAUGCUGUAAUCAACUGUCCUGGGUUCUCUAGGGAGGCUCUCAUGUAUGCCCUAAACCACAUGAUGGAGCACAAGGCCACCUCCCUGGUGUUCCUGGACAUGACUCCUGAUGAUCGUGACCUAUGGCUCAAGACUUUCCUAGCCAAGCACUACCACAACUGAUGUGAUCUGAUCUGUCUAAGAACAAUGAUGUAUCCCUGAGUUCUAUGGGUGUAUGGGUUUAGGACAUCUAUAUUGUUUAAGAACAGAUUUGGUCCACUUGCUCUAUUCCAUCUAUCCUAGAUGCUACUUAAGAAC